CGGUCCAAAUUGAAGACGUUUCUGAGAAUCAGCCCAAUCAAUUUCAGCCUCUUAUUCAUCCCUAAUUUAGCUGGGCGAAGCUCAAUAUAAUAUCUCGGCCACAAACUCUCGCUGUGUCUACCUAUGGCUUCUUCGGCGGCGGUCGCCGGAACGGCAGCACUAAACCUUUCCGCAGCAUCCAGAAACAGAAACAAAGACCUGCUUGCCUCCACCUCUUCCCGCUUCCUUUCUCCCAUCCCCAGAAAUCUCACCCCUCUCCAAUCCCGUGUAAUUUCUAAGAUCCAUCGCCCCAUCUCUGCCCAAUUCUCCACCGAACCCGCGCCGUCCACCACCCUUCCACCUCCAUCCCACCGCUUCUCCUUGGACGAACCCCGCAAAGGUGCCGACGUUCUCGUCGAAUCAUUAGAACUUGAGGGCGUCACCGACGUCUUUGCAUACCCCGGCGGCGCAUCCUUGGAGAUCCACCAAGCCCUAACCCGUUCGCCAUCCAUCACCAACCACCUCCUCCGCCAUGAACAGGGCGAGAUCUUCGCCGCAGAAGGAUACGCCCGCUCCACAGGCCGCCCCGGCGUCUGCAUCGCCACUUCCGGUCCCGGCGCCACCAAUCUCGUCAGCGGUCUCGCCGAUGCGCUUCUCGAUUCCGUCCCUCUCGUAGCCAUCACUGGCCAGGUCCCUCGCCGCAUGAUCGGCACCGAUGCGUUCCAGGAAACACCUAUUGUGGAGGUAACCCGAUCCAUCACCAAGCACAAUUACCUUGUCCUUGACGUCGAGGAUAUACCUCGUGUGAUAAAGGAGGCGUUUUUCUUAGCAAGAUCAGGCCGUCCCGGCCCUGUUCUCGUCGACAUCCCUAAAGACAUUCAGCAGCAGCUCGUUGUCCCUUGCCGGGAUCCUCCGCUUCGUCUUCAAGGUUAUCUAUCUCGUCUCCCGAAACCUCCUCAGCGAAAUUUCAUCGAACAGGUGUUGCGCGUGGUGUCCGGGUCCCACCGCCCGGUCCUCUAUGUUGGGGGAGGGUGUAAUAAUGCCGGCCCAGAGCUUCGACGUUUUGUCGAGCUCACGGGAAUCCCUGUGGCAAGUACGCUGAUGGGUCUGGGAGUCUACCCUACCGACGCUCCUCUCUCUCUCAAAAUGCUUGGAAUGCAUGGCACCGUUUAUGCCAACUACGCUGUGGAUAAGUCUGACCUUCUUCUCGCAUUUGGAGUGAGGUUUGAUGACAGGGUUACUGGAAAGGUGGAGGCUUUUGCAAGCCGGGCGAAGAUCGUGCACAUUGACAUUGAUCCAGCAGAGAUUGGAAAGAACAAGCAGCCCCAUAUAUCCAUCUGUGCUGAUAUGAAGCAGUCGCUAGAAGCCUUGAAUUCCUUAAUUCAGGAAACAGGUCUGGAUAAAAAACUCAACUUUUCGUCAUGGAGGGAGGAGCUGGAUCAGCAGAAGAAAGCUCAUCCCUUGAGCUAUAAGGAAUUCGCAGAUACAAUUCCUCCCCAGUACGCAAUCCGGGUGCUUGAUGAGCUGACAAAUGGCGAGGCUAUCAUAAGCACCGGUGUCGGUCAGCACCAAAUGUGGGCUACGCAGUACUACACAUACAAAAGACCACGCCAGUGGCUGUCCUCCGCAGGCUUAGGGGCGAUGGGUUUUGGGCUUCCGGCGGCAGCUGGCGCUGCAGUCGGAAAUCCAGGUGUUACUGUUGUGGACAUAGAUGGAGAUGGAAGCUUUCUUAUGAAUCUGCAGGAGCUGGCGAUGAUUCGUAUCGAGAACCUCCCUGUAAAGGUCAUGAUUUUGAAUAACCAGCAUCUAGGCAUGGUUGUUCAGUGGGAGGAUCGCUUCUACAAGGCAAAUCGAGCGCAUACAUACCUGGGUGAUCCUUCUAAUGAGACAGAUAUAUAUCCAGAUCUUGUAGCUAUUGCAAAGGGCUUCAAUAUUCCUGGCGCUCGUGUGGCUAAAAAGAGCCAAGUGAGGGAAGCCAUAAGGGAGAUGUUGGAGACUCCAGGUCCUUACUUACUGGAUGUCAUCGUCCCGCACCAGGAGCACGUCUUACCGAUGAUCCCAAGUGGAGGAGCAUUUAAAGAUAUUAUCACGGAGGGAGAUGGUAGAACAAUAUAUUAGCCUGUUAGUUUUCAUCUAUGCUGAGCAAUCUGAUGCGCUUUGCUUAAAUCUUUGAACAGCUAGACUGAUGAAUCAUUCUAUGUGGUUCUCCUUUUUAUAUCUUUCUUCUUCCUUGAUCUUUAGUAGAUGUAAGCUUUGUUAGUUUGCCCAGUUUGUGCUGUAAUAGCUGUAUCAGAUGCUAGAUUUUGUUUGUCUUGUUAUUUA